AUGGAGACGGCUUCUAAAAAUAUUUGUUGAAAGAAUGGGUCACUCUUUCAACCAGUGAAUACCAUGAUAGGUUGCCACCUGUGCAAUAAGUCUAUCCAUGAAAUUUCCUUGCUACUAAAUAUUCUACGGUCAACUGUUAGUGGUAUUAUAACAAAGUAGAAUCAACUGGGAACAGCAACUCAGACAUGAAAUGAUAGGCCACGUAAAAUGACAGAGCGGGGUCAGCGCAUGCUGAAGCGCACAGUGCGCAGAAGUUGCCAACUGUCUGCAGAGUCCAUAGCUAUAGACUUCCAGAUUUUAGCCUGCAGAUUAGCACAACAGUACGUAGAGAACUUCAUGGAAUGGGCUUCAGCUGCAUCCAAGCCU